UCACAAAAUGGCCUGGCCGUUCCUGGAGCCAGUGGACCCAAACGACGCCCCGGACUACUACAGGGUUAUCAAGGAACCAAUGGACCUUUCAACCAUGGAGGAGAAGAUACAGAAGCGAAAGUACGUGAAGCUGACGGAGUUUGUAGCGGACAUGACCAAAAUCUUCGACAACUGCCGCUACUACAACCCCAGCGACUCGCCCUUCUACCAAUGUGCAGAGGUUCUGGAGACCUUCUUCGUCCAGAAGCUCAAAGGGUUCAAAGCCAGCAGAUUGUGAUGUCAAACUCCUGGGUGCCGGGGUCACUCUUAAAACAAACAAAACAAUAAUUUGUUAUCCCGGACAUUGCUGUUUUUAUUUGUUUAAAACAGCGUUAAACUCUUUGUAAGAAACGGAUAUAUCGACUGAAGAUGUGAUCCUUUUUUUAAUUUUUAGAAGAAAAAAAAAAAAAGUGUCUACUGUCUAAUAAUGGCAGCCAUGUUGGUAACAUAAAGCAUUCAAGGGAACAUUUAUUUUCUUACAAUUCUUGCAACAGAUGAGCGGUAUUUUGUUUAUGUUUGAGUGGGAUAUAAGACAAAAUAUGAAGUUUGUCAUUCUCUUUCUUGAGAUUCAGUUUUGAAAAAAACACAAAGCUAUUGAUUUUGAUUGUGACGUCAGUUCCACACACAGAUAACUUAUCUUUUAAUUUGACAGGACUGUUUAUAGUAUUGGUCAUAACACGCUGCAGCA